CCGCUAAACUAAAGCCGCUGCCUGUUGCCAUAGCGACAAGACCCGGAAAUACACCGUGAUCAGCUUACUACGUGUUUAUCAGAGGUAGAUAUGUCGGAGCCCGAGGAGCUGCCGCAGAGAGAACAGCGAGAGAGUACGAAGAAGAAGAAGAAAACGAAGCGGAGUGGGAAAAAGAAGAAGGAGCAGCGGGAAGGAGAGGAGCAGGUGGAGUUUGAGCAGGAGGUGCAGAGUGAGUGCGUUGUGCUGCAUGGGAUCUUCAAACUGGGCAAGAAGAGUCACGACGUCCUGCUCACCCGAACCAAACUGACCUGGACGCCUAUCAUCCCGGAGAACCCCACAGGUGAGACUGGUGUCCCACAGUCAGGUGAGGUGCUGCUGCAAGACAUAUUUGCAGUGAAGGUGAAGCGGAGGCGAGCUGCGGGCCAGGAGUCAGGGGGACCCGUGCUUGGUGUGGCUCUCUUCUGGUGUAGGAGGAAAGGGAGAAGGCUGGAGGAGGACACGCUGCACCUCCACAAUGCCUCCUCAGAACACACACACACCUGGUACAACACCCUGAAGGAGCUGCUCACAGGGUUCAGCAACCGUCCUACAAAUCUGAAGGUCUUCAUCAACCCUAGCAGCCACAAGAAGGAGGCCGUUCACAUCUACAGAGACCACGUGGCUCCUCUAUUCAAGAUGGCUGACAUCCGAACUGACAUCACAGUAACAGAGAGGAAGGGUCAUGCUCUCUCAGUGAUAAAGGAAUGCAAACUGGAUGAAUAUGAUGGGGUGGUGUGCGUCGGUGGAGAUGGUUCAGUUGCAGAGUUGUGUCAUGCUCUGGUCCUCAGAGCCCAGCUGGAUGCAGAUUCCCCAGAAAAACCAGUGAGAGCCGCACUGCCACUGGGAAUCAUCCCAGCUGGUUCCACAGAUGUGGUUUCCUGUUCUGUUCAUGGAGUCAGAGAUCCAGUCACUGCAGCCCUCCACAUCGUCUUGGGUCACCUGCAGCAGGUGGACAUGUGCAGCUUCUCGUCUCAUGGCCAAUUGGUGUGCUUCGGUUUCUCUGCCAUGUUUGGCUUUGGCGGGCGGAGUUUAGCGAGGGCAGAAAAGAAGAGAUGGAUGCCAUCGUCACGGCGGCGAGAGUAUGCUCUGGUUAAGACGCUGGCUAGGCUGAGACCGGAGGACUGUCAGCUCUCCUUUUUAUCAGCAAGGAAGUCAAACAGCAAUUUGUUUGUACAGCGAGAUAAGGACCAGGACCAAGACCAGGACCCAAAGUCCGAAGGGGAGGAGUCCUGGGUGACCAAUCAGGGCCUGUAUCUGAGCAUCAGCAUCAUGUCUAUCCCUUGCCUGAGUCCACACGCACCUCAAGGACUAGCUCCAAACACCAGUUUGGCAAAUGGCAGUGCAGCGCUGAUUGCGGUCGGAAACACCUCCAGGUCCGAGUUUAUUAAACACCUAAAGAGAUACAGCAGCUCUACUGGACAGUUCAACUUCUCCUUUGUGGAGACGCAUGCUGUGUCAGCAGUGAAGAUCCGCCCCUGCUCACUGAUUGGCUGUUCUGAGGAUGAGAGUGAAGAGGAGAGUGACUUGAAAACCACACCCUUCAUCCAUGCAGAAGGAACAACCUUCCCCUGGAACAUCGACGGAGAGCUGGUGGAAAUUGCUAAUGAAGUGCUCAUCAGAGUCCACCCAAGACUCAUCACUCUGUACGGCGAGGAGGUGGAAGAGGCCGAGUCAUCUGUCUCCUGCAGCUGCAUCUGAGAACAACAAGGGGGCGCUGAUCUGUGUGACACUCACCACGGUAACCAAAAUGACUCAACAGUGCUCUUUGUACAGACUCUGAACUCACAAUUUGAAACUUUGGUCAUCCGCCCAUGAUUUUAACGAUAUAUUCAUAGAGGAAAAAUAAAUAAAAUAAAAAAGCUCCUUUACUUUAAAGCUGUAUUAAUUUUAUAUUCUUUUUAUCAAAGUAUAAUGUGAAUAUUUUGUAAGUUUUAUUCAUGUAUCAGCUGCAGAACUGACCAAUGCACAUAAAAAUGGUUUAAUGUUUACAAUUUACUACAGUUUCAUUACCCAUUUCUCUCAGAUCAUGCGACUUUAAUUUCAUAUGUUGCUUUUUUACAUCCAGUUUUUGUUUCUGUGGCAGAGAACAAACUUGUUUAAUUUGUGUUCAAAAUCCAGUUUAUUUCACUUCCCAAAGGGUUCAUGUUUGAAUAAAGGUAUUAAUAGGUGACUUUUCUAUCUGUGCAGACGAUGGUGAAGCAAAAACAGACCUGAUGUAUGCAUGUAGAUUCUCAUUUUGACUCAAAUCAUACUGCGACUGGAAUAAAGUAUAAAAAUCAAGCUGUUUAAAUAGAAAAUCCUUUAUUUUAAUAGAAAAGUGUUGCUAAAAGCAGUGAGACUCUCCAGUGCAGAACAACUUCACAUAAGAACAUCAAAGUCACUUAUUAAAAUAUUAAAACACUCAGUGUGAAUCUGUGAGGUGCAUUUGUAUUAAACACACACCGGAGUGGAGGGCAGCAGCUAAGUGAACAGUCUAAAUGGAGACCGUUAACACAAUGCUUUUUUUUUUUUUUAAUGUAUUACUUGAACCAACAAGUUAUCAGUUUAAAAAGCCCAGGUGUCAAUUUUAGGAAGUAUGACUGAGAAAACUGACCACAUCAAACAUGUUUACUUAGUGUUUGUGAUGUGUUUGUUCAGAAGAUCAUUAGGCCUCCCACCUACCUCACACUGGUAGGAGUGGUUAACCUUAAAUGUGCUUUAUUUAAAAUGCAUCACGUUUAUGUUUUUUUCCUCUCUUGUUUUAUUUGUAUUAAUUUUAAUUUAAAGAACUCCCACAGGACAAACUUUUUCAUGGGCAUCACAUUGUGAUUGUUACCACAUUAAAAGAGCCUUCAUGCCUCAUUAUGUUUGAUUCUGUGUGUUUGACCCUCCUGGGCCCAAAAGGAGGAGGAGUGGAGGAGAAAUGCUCAUUUCUAGCUGCCCUGCGUGGUGCACUUGUGCUGAUCUGGCUGUACAUUGUUUUCAUUGUUUUUCCCUCCACAUACCAGCAUGGCUUCCUGUUUUCUUCUUCCCUGAAUGGCUUCCAAAGCAUCAGAGAAACUGUAAACAAGUGUGAAAUCAGGCUCACGGGGAGGUUAAGGAACCAUAGCACCAGGAGGCAGCACAGUGGAGGAUUCACUGUAGAAAGAUCCUGCAUUCUGCUCAUUUUUCAAUCCUCUGCCCUGAAAUUUCUAUUAAUCCUACAUCAAAACUGCCCUCAGUUUCCUCUAUUGUGAAGCAGUUUGCAAAAGCAAGAGGGUAGGUAAAAACAGAUAGCGCUAAUAAGCUGAUCAUGUCCUCCACGUUGGAGUAUCCAGCCAGUGGUCAACAUUGCUGGCUCAGUGAACUAACUUUGUGCAAAACAAAAAUGUGUGGAUUUGCAUCAGAUGAGCUGAUUGUGCCAUAAAAAUUUGCUGGUUUAAGCAGAGGAGACACAUCCCAAAACAAAUAGUGGGAGCCAAAAAACGGAGUGAUCACCCCUGUUACCAGCAAAUCCCAGCAGCCAUCACCUUCUUCCUCCAGCUGGACGACAUCCAGUGUGUGCCACAGGCGUCAAAUGAUGCAGCACAGCCAGUGAGUUAGCUCUUUGUGUGUUUGUGUGUGUGUGUGUGUG